AUGCAAGCAUUCGCCACUCUUGCAGCGCUGGUCAGCUUGACGUUCGUCAUCGCUGCCCCUGCUCAAUCUUCUGCGACAGCCAUCAUCACCCCGCCAGAUACCGAAUGGUGGGGUAAGAGACAGGUCGAUCCAACCAGUAAAACGAGCACCACGAGCAUCACGGCCGAGGCGCCCUGGUGGGGCAAAGCACAAGCGACGUCCAGCGUCGCGACCCAUAUUAGCGGCCCAGAUACCGAAUGGUGGGGCAAGAGGGCUGACACGCCCACGACAACAACGACCUCCAGUGUCGCAGAAAUGACGACUGUAUCGGCCACGUGGUCCACCCUGUCGUUUGACACUGACUGGUGGGGAAAGAGGGACGUCGCACCUACUACCACGUCUACGACCACCAGUGCUGCGGAGACAACGAUUGUGUCCAACACGACGUCCUCCUCGCCGUUCGACACCGCUUGGUGGGGCAAACGGUCCGAAGGUGCUGCGACGGCAACAUCGUACUAG